AUGACCCGAAAUCAGCGCAAGCGGUAUAACCGCAGGAUGAGAUUAGCUAAAGGGAAAGCCCUUGUGGUUGACCCUGAUCCUGGAUCAUCUCGGGACCAUGUUGCGGAGUCCUAUGAUGUUGUUUAUGACAACUCGGCCUAUGCGCCCGUUGUUGUGGACAACUCGUUCGAUGCCCUCAAUAUGCCCCGACUCUUGUGCCGCCUCCGGCUGCUCAUCUUCCCCCUAUUCCGGAAGGGAAUGAGCGGCCUUUGUCUCCGGUAUCUUCAGGGCGGGCGGAUCUACAGCGCCCGCAUCAGGGGGCAACCCCCGUCUUCGUUCUUCUGCCUCAUCCGUUUCCUCAUGAGAUUUCUUGUUUGGAACGUACGUGGGGUUGCUUCGCAGGGAUCCUUUCAUCGGAUCCGUGUGCUACUUAGAUCACACUCACCAUCUAUCUUGUGCUUACUCGAGCCUUUCAGUUCUCCUGAUCGGCUUGGGUAUUUUCAGCUUCGUUUUAGUUUUGAUCACUCUUUAUCUUCUUGCAAUAAUAAAAUCUGGCUUUUUUGGAAUAAUGAUCUUUCGGUGAGUAUUGAGGGCCAGUCUGAUCAGUGUAUCUCGGUGGCUUGUGCUCUCUCUACUGUGCCGUCUCCCUUUUGGAUUUCAUUUGUUUAUGCUAAGACCAAAGAACGCCUUCGGGUGCCUUUAUGGGAUGAGUUACACUCCGUUUCGGCUAGGUUACCUGUCGGCGUUCCUUGGUCUGUCGCGGGGGAUUUUAAUUGUUUGCUUAGUGUGGAUGAGAAAAAGGGUGGUUUGCCGUACCCUCAUCGGCGGACCACGCCUUUUCGGGACUGUGUGAGUACGUGUGACUUGAUUGACGUGACUUUUUAUGGCUCCUGUUUCACCUGGUGGAAUGGGAGACGUAAAGAGGCGGCCAUCUGGAUGCGCUUGGAUCGUUGUCUCUAUACCUCGGUGUGGGACGCGAUUUUCAAGACAUCCGUUCGGCAUUUGUCAAAAGCCACGUCCGACCACAGUCCCCUGCUUAUAUCUUGUGAUCUUUUGAGUGCGCAGGUGGUUCCGAAGCAUUUCAUUUUCCUGAAUGUGUGGGCAAAGCAUGGCGAUUUUCAGCGGGUGGUGCGUGAUAACUGGUUAGCCCCGGUUUCUGGUGCUCCUAUGUAUGUCCUGGCCACUAAACUGAACAGACUUGCUAAGGCCCUCAGUGUUUGGAGUAAAGAGGUCUUUGGAAACAUUUUUGCCCGCCUGAAAGAGUAUGAGGACCGUGUACAAGCCCUUGAGAGGGCUCUCCAGCAACACCCUGAUGAUGAUCACGUUUUAUUGGAAUAUAAGGAAGGGGUUGCACUCUUACAAAAGCAAGUCAUGAUUGAGGAAGAGUUUUGGCAACAGAAGGCGCGCAUCACCGAGGUACAGGAGGGUGAGAGGAACUCUCAUUAUUUUCACUCUCUUGUAAAAGAGCGCAGGCGGAAACUCUUCAUACACAGAGUUAGAGAUGAUACAGGACAGUGGAUUGAGGAUAGGGAGGGUAUUGCUGCACAGGCAGUAUCUUUCUUUGAGCACAUGUUUACUGCCGAGAUUGGGGGCUUUGAUACUGCUUUGCUUGAUUGUGUUCCGCAGUUGGUCACUGAGGGCGACAAUGAUUUGCUGACUGUGGUACCGGAAGAGGAGGAGAUCAAAGCCGCCGUGUUUCAGAUGAGUUCAGUCAGUGCUGCUGGUCCAGAUGGUUUCUCGGGGGCCUUCUACAAGGCUUGCUGGGAUAUUAUCCGUGCUGAUGUGGUUCUGAUGGUAUAG